AUGAUUCCCUAUAUUUUCUUUUUAAUUUUGAUACUCCAAUAUUUUUGCAAGACGAAUCUUGAGAUCAAAUAUAAUAAUUUGAAUAAAAUACCAAUUUUCAAAAAUAGGAGAGCAUUAGCAGAACAACAACUAGGUUCAUUAAACAGAACAGUGAGAUCAGUUGAUAUUGAAAGUGAGUUUAAUACAUGGCAACAGUCUAUUCAAGGUGAACUCGAUAAUAUUCUAUCAAAAUUAUCGAGUAACUUUACAUUGGAUAAUAUCGGAGAAUAUGUUAAUUGGGCAUAUAACAAGAGCAGGGAGAUUACGAAGACAUUGAAUAUAAAUCCAGAUCCUGAAAAAAAAAGCAUUUUAAAUCAUAUUUAUGAUUUGUGGAAUAAAGCAGCAAAUAAUUAUUUUCUAGAUUCUGCAUUAGAUUACUAUGUUAGAGAAGUAAUGUUAGGUGGACAAACUAAUAACAGUUCAUCCGAAUCCACUACAUUGCCCCCAUCUACUCCACUACCUGCAACUCCCUCAUCACCCACAACUACAUCAUUAAUAAAUAAUGCUUUAUCUACAGUAUCAAACCAUAUUACUACUAUAGCUACAGGACAAACAGAAAACAUGACCACCUCAACUUCAAAUGAAAUUGUAAAUGGAAUCGCAACUGUAGAGAAAGGCAUUUCAUCUGAUUCAUGCUCAGAAUUUUUCUGUGAUCCAAAAAAUUUCUCCUUUUUAACUAUUCCAUUAGCCGUUGUAGGAAUAGCAUUAUUUUUAGCAUAUGUUUAUAAAAAAAGUCGCAUUAGAUCAUUUCUAGGAAAAAACUAUAUAAAAAAGGAAAAAGGAAAAAAGAGAUUACAUGAAAUGGAAAUGGACAAUACUGUGAAUAGUUCAAAACCUUCGAAGGAAACAGGACAAAGAGAAGCAAAGAGAAGUAGAUUAGAUAGUUUCCUUAGAGCAUUUGGUUACGGAAAGAAAUUUCCUUAUAUAGAUGAAGAUGUUGGAGAUACAACAAUAUUAUGA